AUGACAGCAGUUCUUCAUAUGGAUAGAAGCCGCAGUCAGCCAUUGGCACAGUCGAUUAAUGUCAUGAAAGCAUGUGAGUUUGGGAGCAUUUCAGAGGUGAAAAGGGAACUGAAGAAGCUAUUGCUUCUUGUCACCCAAGACAAGGAGGAUUGCAGCCCUGAAGUUUAUGACGAGAUCUGUGACAAGGCACAGGCAUUGAAGAAGACUAAAUGUCGUAAACCCUCUCCCUCCAAAUUCAGAUCGUUUUCUGGACAGUUGGAUUCAAUUCCUGUGCCGGACAUUUUUCAAUGUCUCAUAUCGUUGGACCUUAUGAGAGAUCCCGUCAUGAUUUCCAAUGGGGAGACAUAUGACAGGCCAUUUAUUGAAGCAUGGCUAGAUUCAGGGCACUGCACAUGUCCCAAAACGCAAGAGUUCCUACCACACUUGAUAUUGACUCCAAAUCAUCUUGUUCGAACGAUAAUUGAGCAAUGGUGCCACUGGCAGGGGCUACAACUUAAAACUUCUCUCACAAAUUCCAACCCCAAUGGCAGUGAAGUUAUAACACACAAGGAUCGUAACUAUUUGAGUGCAUUGGUAAGAAAACUCUCAGGGGAGCGUCAGUCAGAACAGAGAGAAGCUGCCCGGGUGCUCAGGGCUCUAACGAGAAAGCAGUCAUUAUACAGGGCUCAUCUUGUUCGAGAAGACCAGGUGAUACCAGCAUUGAUUCAUUUGAUGAGGAGCCCUGAUAAAGAAACCCAGGAGCACGCAGUAACCACAUUGUUAAAUAUGUCCAUUCUCAAUGCAAACAAGAAACUGAUUGUGGAAGGAGGAGCUGUGCAACCCAUGGUAGAGGUUCUAAAACAUGGUAGCAUGGCAGCCAGAGAGAAUGCAGCGGCAGCUCUGUUCAGUUUAUCUGCAGUAGAAGACAACAAGAUUGUGAUUGGUGGGUCUGGUGCCAUACCCCCAUUGGUGGAGCUUCUAAGUCAUGGCAGUUGGAGGGGCAAGACUGAUGCUGCCUCUGCACUCUUCAAUUUGUGCAUAACUCGAGGAAACCGAGGAAAGUGCGUACGGGCUGGCGUGGUGCCCAUUUUGGUGGAGCUAAUGAAGAAUGGAGGGGAAGAAGAAGAGGAGAAGAGCAUUUCAAUGGCGGAUGAGGCAUUGACCAUUCUGGCCCUUGUAGCUAGGAAUGAGGAAGGUGCCACAACCAUUCGGAAUGCCGGUGCCCUUCCUUUGCUUAUCCAAUAUGUGGAGCAUAGCUCUCCUCACAACAAAGAGAAUGCAAUGACGAUACUGUUCUUACAGUGCUCUAGGGAUCCUGCAUAUCUGAAUGAGGUGAAAAAUAUUGGGGAAGGCGAUGGGUAUGUGGCAUUGCUAGAUCUUAGCAUCAAUGGGACGUCUAGAGCUAGGCGCAAGGCCUACCUCUUAUUAAACCAGAUGCAUAAACAUGUAUCUAGGGAGUGA